AUGCUAUCUAACCUUCUUCUCACUGCUGCGCUCGCAGCAGGCGUGGCUCAGGCCCUGCCUCAAGCAACCAGCACAAGGUCUACAACCACUACUCGCGCCACGACGACGGCCGCUCCAGCAGCCACCGGAAACCCCUUCGCCGGCAAAGACUUCUACGCCAACCCAUACUACUCGUCCGAGGUCUACACUCUGGCGAUGCCAUCGCUUGCUGCGUCACUGAAGCCCGCUGCUUCUGCCGUUGCCAAGGUCGGUUCAUUCGUAUGGAUGGACACGAUGGCCAAGGUGCCUACCAUGGACACCUACCUGGCAGACAUCAAAGCCAAGAAUGCUGCGGGUGCAAAGCUGAUGGGUACUUUUGUCGUCUAUGACCUGCCUGACCGCGACUGCGCUGCCCUCGCCUCCAACGGUGAGCUCAAAAUCAACGAGGGUGGUGCAGAAAAGUACAAGACCCAGUACAUCGACAAGAUCGCUGCCAUUAUCCAGAAGUACCCUGACGUCAAGAUCAACCUUGCCAUUGAGCCCGACUCCUUGGCCAACAUGGUCACCAACAUGGGCGUACAAAAGUGCGCGAACGCUGCUUCCACCUACAAGGACCUCACCGCCUACGCCCUCAAGAAGCUCAACUUUGCCAAUGUCGACAUGUACCUCGACGGAGGCCAUGCUGGCUGGCUAGGCUGGGACGCCAACAUUGGCCCAGCCGCAAAACUCUACGCUGAGGUUUACAAGGCUGCUGGCUCUCCCCGCGCUGUCCGUGGUAUUGUCACCAACGUCAGUAACUACAACGCCUUCCGCAUCGCCACAUGCCCUUCCAUCACCCAAGGAAGCAAGAACUGCGACGAGGAGCGCUUCAUCAAUGCUUUCGCUCCUUUGCUCCGCGCCGAAGGCUUCCCAGCCCACUUCAUCGUCGAUACUGGCCGCAGCGGUAAGCAGCCUACCGGUCAGCAGGCUUGGGGAGACUGGUGCAAUGUUUCGGGCGCUGGUUUCGGUAUCCGUCCUACUACCAACACUGACAACGCGCUUGUCGAUGCUUUUGUCUGGGUCAAGCCCGGUGGCGAGUCUGAUGGUACCUCUGACCAAUCUGCUGCUCGCUACGACGGCUUCUGCGGCAAGGCCUCCGCUUUCAAGCCUGCGCCCGAAGCUGGCACUUGGUUCCAAGCAUACUUCGAGAUGUUGCUCAAGAAUGCCAACCCUGCUCUCGCAUAA